AUGUGGCGUCAAACUCAAGAACAACAAAAAGUUGAAUUCGAAGAAAAAUUUGCUCGUAUCGAAAAAGAGGGUACGCAAGAAUUCAUGUCGACGGGUCGCGUUUACCAAUGUACCCCAGCCAGUUACCAAUACAUUCAUCUUAAUACGUCAAAAACAUUCACCAGUAGUAAAUCUAUGCUAGAAGAUGCCGUAGGCCAAUAUCUCAAAGAUCCCGAUAAAGACCUCGCAUUCGAAGAAUUGCUCUAUAAAAAUCUAAAAACUCGAUGCGAGCAAAAAGCCAAAGUGUUCAUGCAAACGUGUGGGAAAACACGUACAGACUUAAAAAUCGGAGAGCUGCAAGAAAAAUUGGCACGCAUCGAUACGUACGGCAGCAACGAAUUCGUAUUCACGGGUAACGAAACCGAUACGGAGCCAAAGACGUACGAAUACGUUCAUCUCAACGAAUAUGAAAAAUACACAAGCAAACACAGCAAAAUCGCAGAUGCAAUCACUUGA